AAAAAGAGGCAACGACGUCGCUCGACUGCUCAGUUGUGCAAACGCUUUCGUCGGAGCAACAAGCAAGGCUGGAGAGCCAGAAAAAUAUAAUUGAAAAAAGCAUAGAAACAAAUACAAGAGACUUAACAAAAUUCAAAUAUUGAAUUACAGCAACAAAACUGCGCAUAGAGCAACUUUAAGUGUUUUGAAGUGCUGCAGCAGCAGAAAUAGAGUAAGGCGGAUUUGUCUUACUAGUUUUUCGCGAAAAUUGUCAACCAAGGAAAACCAGCAACAGCAUCGUGUGAACAGUUUUAAAAACCGAAGGGGCCAAAGGUAGAUUUAUCAAUAGCAAUCAACUUGCCGAAAACAAGUGCAAUAAAAUGGCUGGCUAUUAAUUGCAAUCACACACAUACAUACAAACGUGUCGUAAUCGGAGAUACAGACACAUACGCAAUAAAAGAGAGAGCGCGUAAGAGCGAGAGAGAACAUUGCGUUAACGCAGUUGGAAUUUAAAUUUUAGCGCAUAUCGAUAAGCACACAUCGAUUGAAAAUGAACAGUUUGGUGCGCGUGUUUAGCAAUUUGCAAGACUUUUACAACGACAUCAAUGCGGCCACAUUGACUGGAGCCAUCGAUGUGAUCGCCGUGGAGCAGGAGGAUGGCGAAUACCAGUGCUCCCCUUUCCAUGUGCGCUUCGGCAAGCUUGGCGUGCUGCGCAGUCGCGAGAAAGUGGUGGACAUUGAAAUAAAUGGAGCACCCGUGGACAUACAGAUGAAGCUGGGCGAUUCCGGCGAGGCAUUCUUUGUGGAGGAAUGCCCGGAGGAUGACGAUGAGGAAUUGCCCGAAAAUUUGGCCACAUCACCUAUACCAAAGAGUUUCCUGCAGUCCCUGAACAAGGGCAACGACACCAUGGAGGACAUAAGCGGCGUGAUCGCAGACAAAAAUGCUAGCGAUGAUUUGCAAAUCCCGUUGCCAAUGCCGCGUCGCAACUCCAUUGAUCUAUCCAAGGAGGAGCCCAAGGAAAUUGCCAACGAGGGCACCAAAUACGAGAAUCAAGUCUCGGAUUACACACAGCGCAGGCACACUGAGAACGAGAUGGAUGCCCGUAGAUUGGGUCACAAGCGCUUGGAGUAUACCACACUGAAGAUGCGCAAGGAAUGGGCUGAGCAUGAGGAAUUCUUUCAAGACACAAAGGCGCUGGAGAAAGUGCCGAAUACCAAAGUGGAGUCGGAAGCCAAGGAACCUGUCCAGAGCGAAUUGAAGGUGACCAGCGAGUCCGCGGAGCAACCCAACGAUGAUAAGAAAUACGAGCAGCUAAUCGCGGACUUCAAACAGCGCGGGUACUCGGAUGACGAUAUAAAGUCCAGGAUACACGGCCAUAAAAUCAAGGAAAUGCUUAUGGUAGCUUUUAUAGAGCAAAAGGAGAAAGAGAAAGAUAAGAAAGCAGCGGAUUUAGAGCUGACCAAGAGUGAGUUGAAGUCUGUUCCGGCUUCGGCUCCGGCUCCGGCUUCGAUUCCGGCUCCAGCUGUAGCAGCAGUGGGAGCAGCUACCAACGAGCCAAUUAACAAGGAUGAGUCCAAGAGCAAAACAAAGAAGCGUCGCAAGAAGUCGCAGAUGAAGAAGAAGAAUUCACAACGCAAGACAUCCUCAAGCAGCUCCAUUGGCAGCGCCGCUGGCGGCGAUGCUGGCCACAUGGAUGCCAGUUCUGAACUGAACUCGGUUCAGGUGAGCAACAUUGAUGAGAGCACCACAGAUGUGGCUGCCAGCAUUUGCAUUUUCAACCAAAACAACAACAACACAAAUUCCAACUCGUCCAACGACGAGCAGGCAACCGCAUCCCUGUUAACGGCCCACAGUGAACUGACCACGCCCACAACAACAGCAACAGGGGCAACAGGAGCAGCUGGAGCAGCAGUAGCCGCCCACAAAUGUCAUGACUUUGACAUACACUUCUUCAGCGACACGGAGAUCUCAACGCCCACAAGCAUUGGAGCCUCGAAUGCUCCACGUGUCGGCGGACGACCCUCGACCCCGAUCCAGAGUGACAGCGAACUGGAGACGACAAUGCGGGACAAGCGCCACGUGGGUCACGACGAUGAGACCAGUGCUCUGUGGAAGUGGGGCGAGUUGCCCACACCGGAGCAGGCCAAGGGCAGCGUCAGUGCUGCGGACGCGCAGCAGAGUGAGCGUCAUUCCAUGUUGAGCAACAUGUUCAGUUUCAUGAAGCGGGCCAAUCGUUUGAGGAAGGAAGGUGCCGCCAAUCAGGCGGGUGACAUUUAUCUGUCUGACCUGGAUGCGGGCAUGAUUGAUCCCGAAAUGGCAGCUCUCUACUUUCCCAGUCCCAAGCCCAAGGAGGCGAAGGCAACGCACAGCGGGGAUGAGGAUCGGGAGAGUGGCAAUGGCACCAGUCUGCCACACUCACCCAGCUCCCUGGAGGAGAACCAAAAGAGCUUGGACUCGGACUUCGAUGACAGCAAGCAGCAGCUGGAUAAAAAAUACUUGGACUUGGUUUCCAUGUCCAUGUGUGGCAUGCAGGAGAAUGGAGGACCACCCUCGGACGAGGAGUUUGAUCGACAACUGGUCACUUAUCCCGAUGUGUGCAAAAAUCCACACAUGUUCUCAUCGCCAAAUCUAGUUGUACGUCUAAAUGGUAAAUACUACACUUGGAUGACUGCAUGUCCCAUUGUCAUGACAAUGAUAGCAUUCCAGAAACAACUAACCGAAGAUGCCAUCGAGCAGCUGAUAUCGCCAUUAUCACCAAUAUCGCCAAUAUCGCGUGAUAUGGGCGACGACAAACCCGAGGCUGUCCACCCGACGGACACGGUUGGUCAAACCAAACGUUCCUGGUGGAGCUGGCGAAGAUCUCAGGAUGCAGUGCCCAAUCAGGCUAACAAUAACAUCGGCAAGAGCGCCGUCAAGAACGUGAAUCUUGACAAAGAUGAGAAGGAUGGUGAUCAGGCUGCCGUGAGCACGCAAACAUCGCGUCCCAAUUCGCCGGAUAUAACAGAUCCCACGCUGAGCAAGAGCGAUUCGCUUGUGAAUGCCGAAAACACCUCCGCAUUGGUGGAUAAUCUCGAGGAGCUGACCAUGACAUCCAAUAAGAGCGAUGAGCCCAAAGAGCGCUACAAGAAAUCGCUACGCUUAAGCUCAGCAGCCAUUAAAAAGCUCAACUUGAAGGAGGGCAUGAAUGAGAUCGAGUUUAGUGUGACGACCGCUUAUCAGGGCACAACACGCUGCAAGUGUUAUUUGUUCCGUUGGAAGCAUAAUGAUAAGGUGGUUAUAUCGGACAUUGAUGGCACCAUUACCAAAUCGGAUGUAUUGGGUCACAUAUUGCCGAUGGUGGGCAAGGAUUGGGCGCAAUUGGGUGUCGCUCAGCUCUUCUCGAAAAUUGAGCAGAAUGGCUAUAAACUACUUUAUCUAUCGGCACGUGCCAUUGGCCAAUCACGCGUGACACGCGAAUAUUUACGCUCCAUACGUCAGGGCAAUGUUAUGCUGCCCGAUGGACCAUUAUUGCUGAAUCCCACAUCAUUGAUAUCCGCAUUCCAUCGCGAAGUGAUCGAAAAGAAACCAGAACAAUUUAAGAUCGCCUGUUUGUCAGACAUCCGUGAUCUCUUCCCAAAAAGGGAUCCCUUCUAUGCCGGCUACGGCAAUCGUAUUAAUGAUGUGUGGGCUUAUCGCGCUGUGGGAAUACCCAUAAUGCGUAUUUUUACGAUUAACACCAAGGGCGAGCUUAAGCACGAAUUGACCCAAACAUUCCAGUCAUCUGGCUACAUCAAUCAGUCGCUUGAGGUCGAUGAAUACUUUCCCCCUCUGAUGCACACCGAUGAGUACGAGUAUCGCACCGAUAUCUUCGAUAACGAUGACAUGGAGGAUGAGCUACAAUUCAGCGAUGAUUCCGAUAUUGAACUUGACGACGAUUACAAUCACGACAACGAUGAUGAUAAUAAUGAUUAUGAUGAUGGGGGCGCUCUCUUUGCUGACGAUGUGAAGAAACACUUUUAUCCUUACCACCUACAUAAAAAGUUAGAGUCUACAUAAAAUCGAGACUAGAUCAAAAAUUUAAAUUGUGAUAUGAAUAAUUCCUAGUGCUAAGGUCUUAGCUUAAACUUAUUUUUAAGUGGGAGAGGGGCGGGCUUGGAAAGCUUCCCUACCCCUUAAAUGUUAUAGCUAUAGUAUUGGCGUGAGCUUUGAAAGCUCAAACGCACCGUUAACUUGUAGUUUUAAUGAAUCCCGUUACGCCCCAAUAAAUAGACUAUAAGCUGUUUUUAUCCAUCUAUAUCUAUAUCUAUAGAACGAUAUCUUAUAUAUAACUAUAAAGAAACACAAAUAAAAUGUGUGCAUA